AUGGGUACUCUCGACCUGGAACUCGGUCACAAGUCGUGGUCGUUCCUGUUCUAUCUCUUUCACCACUUCCCUCGUUUGAUGCUCGGCAUCGGCCCGGAUGCCGUUUUCGUCUGCAUUGGCUACGUGCUCCGAUUCAUGAAUAGGAUGGGUCUGAACCGAACGCGGAUAAUGAUGUCGCACGGGUGGACGUACGAUAAAGAAGAAGGUUUUCGAUGUCCGAUGAGCAUACGAGAAAGGUUGGUGAACGCGUGCGCGAAGAACGAAACCGCAGAGGCGGCGGAAAUAAAGUGGGAGGAUAAGACAAAGGAAAAGUGGAAGUAUUGGAGUUACGCGCAACGGAGAGAGUACGAGUUGUGUUGCGAAAUCGGAGAGUUUGCGAGUUUAGGAAUUAGCACGAAAGAGCUUAAAUACGACGCGACGUUGUCGUGCUUGGGAAUGACAAAAGUUAUGCGCGUUUGGCGAACGGAUGAGGAUUUGCGGACGUGCAAGAGAUUUUGUAUUUUGCUUCCGUUUACCGGCGACGAAGGCUUUUACCUCAGGAAAGAUAGGAGUCAAGAGCUGGUCGCGAAAGGAGUGUGUUGCUUGAUUCCAGAGUUGCCGUAUUACGGCAGUCGACGAGCUUUGGAAGGGCAAACGGAGUUUUUCAUGAGAUCUAUUUCGGAUUAUAGCACUAAAGCCUUGGUUUCGUACGCGGACGUGGUCGCGUUGACGGCGCACGUGAAGGAGACGUUGGCGAUGCACAAUCACGAGAGCGGAAGUUUGGUCAUUUCUGGAUGUUCCAUUGGUGGGUAUUAUUGCGUUCCAGCGGCGAUCUUGGCGCAGUUGUUGACGAAGAAUAAAAAAAUGAGGAAGAGUAAACGUUCGGUGAAUUUGAAAAUUGGCGUUUCCGCUUUUUGCGGGUGGUUGAGUUUUGACAAUUGGUUUCAAGACGAGGAAAAAAUGCCCAUGGCCGUACUUCUGACGAAUUUAGAAAUGUUGGCGAACGUAAGGAUGAGUUCUUUAGAUAAGAUGCCCACGAAUGUGCGCGAGGCGUACCUCGGGGCGAUGAAGGAAACCAAUUUGAAAAAAAAACGAAUUAAAAUGCGCGAAACUUUGGCGUUGUUUUUGGACGAUAUGGGCAGUUGGAGUCAAUUCGAGUGGAGGAUUAAGAAACGCGCGAAGGAGGAAAAGACUGAGAAGAAGCUUUUGAAUAUUGAUGGCAUAUUAGACGCGGUGAGUUUUGCGCACGCCCGUCACGAUAAGUUUAUCCCGUAUUCGAAGGAGAAAAUGGAAAGAGAACUCGAGCAGGUGAACGCUUUGUCGAGAACGAAGCCGAUCGUGGAAGUUUUAGAAUGCGAUCACAUGGUGGCUAUUUCGCGUAAAGGACCAGCGAUACCGUUAAUAUUGGACACGUUCGAUAGAAUGGUGUAUGAGUGA